CUGGUCCCCGCAGCAGCCAGCAUCAUUGCCGGGAAGUCUGCAAAAGUUUGAAUAACUAGCAACAAGUUCGUUCUGAGGAGGUUGAAUUUAUUGUGUUGCGCGAAAGUUUGGAAGUGCGAAGUGUGGUGGUCGGAGAUUUGGACAACCUCCAUCAAAGAUGCGCGAGGCGGGGAUCCGGGCCGGGCGCGGCGCCAGGCUGCUGCUGCUCGCCACGGCGGCGGUGCUCUUCUCCAACUAUGUGCACCUGGUAUCAAGUUUUCCCGUGGACAUGAACACUGUGCAUCAAUGGCCGACAUUUCCGCGGCGGAAUAUAGCCGCCUUAGCUAGGGACGGGUAUUUGAGGAAUUCGCUGAAUAAUUUCAAGAGGAGCAUAUCGACGCUGGCUAAGAACGGGCAGCUGCCUACGUUCAGGUCUCCGUACGAUGAUACUGACAAACAGGAGCAGGAUGAGGACGAGUCAUCACAGGAGAAGCGUAAUAUGGCGUCGAUCGCGCGCAUGCGUAGCUACGCAGCCGUGAAGCGCAACAUCCAGGCCUUAGCACGCGACGGGUACCGCCUCGGCCGCGGCCAAAACCAGCAGAGCGACAAGAGGAACGUCCAGGCCCUUGCACGCAACGGACUCCUCCACAAGCGAGACAUGGCCAAUGAAGACGAGUACUACUACCCCUUCUACCAGAACCCCAUCCCGCCGCUGUCAGAGAUCGAUGGACCCUUCGACAUGAAUGAACUCUACGACUACCAGCAGUCCAUCAACCCCGACAUGUUCCCGCCACUCUCGCAGGUCUUCAAAAAGAGCAUGAGCGGUUACAUCCCGCAGAGCGAAUACCAGUAUUACAACGACGAAACCCCGAAUCUGAUUGAUGCAGGCGAUAGUUGGUACUUGAAGCGUGGGUCGGUGGGUCUGCCGGCCCACGGGCUGCUGCGGCCCACGUACGUGGAGCCCUCCGCCAGGACCAAGCGCUACAUCCUGUCGCUACCCGCCGAGCUCGACCACAACGACAUCAGCGUGCCGCCAGAAGACAACCAGGAUCUCGAGAACAACGACAAGCGAUCUGUCGACGACGAAAGCGAGGCUCAUGAUAAUUAUGAGAAACGGCACAUCGGCUCGCUGGCCCGGUUAGGUUUACUGCCGUCGUUUAGGUUUUCCGGAGGCCGGUACCUCCGCUCCGGCCGCGCCCGCCUCUUGUGGCCUAGUCAAGAGUUGUACAGGAAGCAUUCCGCUAACCCGAAUUUCGGAAUUAGGCAAUAUAUCGCUAGUGCCGAAGCUGAGCCAGCAGCCGAUCCAGACGACUCCGACGUACCGGCGGAAGCAGUACCUGCUCACUCGCACCCGACCGGCCGCAUCCUCCACCGACCGCUGAACAACGACCUCCCCUCCGCGCCCUCCCCACCUCUCCCCUCUCCACAGCUCCCCCCUCUCGAACCCUUCGCCAAGAACCGCUGGCAAUCCCCCUCCAAGGAGAUCCCCAAGUUCUACUACUUCAGGUCCCUAAAAGUGCCGUACCACCAGUCCGGGAAGCGCUACUUGCUCCUGCCGGCGGUUGAUAACAUCCUGCUGAGGAAGAACUACCCCAACAGCAGUCUGCCGAGCCGCCGCAAGAACCAGUAGCUGUGCGACUGUCCGCUGGGAGACGUCGUGCUGCUCAGCGCUUCCCGCAACGAGCUUUAGAUGCCGUAGUCAAGUGCCGCCGCCACCGCCUCGGACUAUCGACUUGCUAUGCUAUGCACUUUACUUCAAAUAACAUUAGACAAAAGCCAAAUUUGAGGUACGAUAUCUACCGAUACUGACACUCUUGCUCUCUUGUAAGCAAACCUCUAUUUGUCAAAAUUUAAAAUGAAGUUUCACUACCUAUUGUUCGUAAUAAUACUCUUAUUUGAACUUUUGUCUAAUGAAUAAAGUACCUAGACGAUCUCAUAGUUUGCGGUCAAAUACUGAGGUGCUGGCUGCGAUACAAGUUACUACCUCUAGGGCUAGGGCCACUUAGUAUGGCUACUUCAUAAGACUAUUUCGUCUCUCUUUAUUAGAAAAAUCUAAAGUAAAUACAACCUGGGGAUCAUGGAUACGUAUAGACAAUAAUAUUGACUUUAUCUAUGAACUCUUAAUGUUAAGUACUAAAUCUUUAACUUUAACUUUAAGUGAUCGUUCUACCUUUACAAUGACGACUUCGGCCAGUUUUUAUGAAAGAUUAUCAAUUUAAUGUUGUAGUUGAGACAUAGGAAUGAAUAGAAGUAAGUUGUCAAUCGUAAUGCAAAGCAAAAACUUUAAAAAAUAUCCUUUUUAUGAAAUCAAGAAAACUUUAAGAAAGAUUUUAAUAUUUAAUGAAUUAUAGACCUAAAACCUUCACCGGUUAAUCUUGGUGUCGUAAUUUAUAAUUAAAACUUUAUAGUUUUAGUAAAUACUUCAAUCUCAACGGAUUUUAGGAAGUUAUUUAAUCAAAUUUAGAUAAGAAGUUGUGAUAAAUUUUAUCAAAAUUAAGAAUGAAGACGAACGAAAAUCGGUUUAAAAUCUUUGGAGUCGAUAUCCCUUAUGACUAGAUUCUUAGAAUGGUUUGCUGUGUCUGACAAAUAAUUCUUGAAUAUUAUGAAAUUUAACGAUUUUUUAUGCUUCUAUUGAAAAAAAUAAUGUUUACAACUAAGCGACAAUAAACUUGCAACUUUGUGACCAUGUUGGAUAAUAACUUUACUAUAAAUUAAAACUCUAUUAAUAUAUAACUUUAUCAAAUGUGUGUUUUCAAAUGAAUCACUGUAAAAUAUCUGUUUGGUUAAUGUAUGUAACUAAAUAAAAUGAACCAACAUAUA